CCUCAUCCUGAACUUCACUCGUUCUCCUCCUCCAUACUUGGUCCCGGUGCCUCCUGCCUCCCAGUGUGUUUCCUUUCAUGGUCCUCCGAGUCUCUGCAGAUCCCCAAUAAGGAGUGAACAGCUGAAGUGAGGAGGAGUAUAAAUAAGACCCUCACUCAUCCACUCAUCCACUCAGUCUGUGGGGAAAAGAGCAGCGACUGGACCAGAUCUACCUGAAACCCAGCAGACACCAUGUGUGACGAUGAAGAAACCACUGCUCUGGUGUGUGAUAACGGCUCAGGCCUGGUGAAAGCCGGGUUUGCGGGAGACGAUGCUCCUCGAGCCGUGUUUCCGUCCAUCGUGGGCCGACCGCGUCAUCAGGGUGUGAUGGUGGGGAUGGGGCAGAAGGACUCAUAUGUAGGUGAUGAAGCUCAGAGUAAACGAGGUAUCCUGACCCUGAAGUACCCCAUCGAGCACGGCAUCAUCACAAACUGGGACGACAUGGAGAAGAUCUGGCACCACACCUUCUACAAUGAGCUGAGGGUGGCUCCUGAGGAACAUCCGACUCUGCUCACUGAGGCUCCACUCAACCCUAAAGCUAACCGUGAGAAGAUGACUCAGAUCAUGUUCGAGACGUUUAACGUUCCUGCGAUGUACGUGGCCAUCCAGGCCGUGCUCUCACUUUACGCCUCGGGCAGAACCACAGGUAUCGUGCUGGACUCUGGAGACGGUGUGACACAUAACGUUCCCAUUUAUGAAGGUUAUGCUCUUCCCCACGCCAUCAUGCGUCUGGACCUGGCCGGUCGAGAUCUCACCGAUUACCUGAUGAAGAUCCUGACGGAGCGAGGCUACUCCUUUGUCACCACCGCUGAGCGUGAGAUCGUGAGGGACAUUAAAGAGAAGCUCUGCUACGUUGCUCUGGACUUUGAGAACGAGAUGGCCACCGCCGCUUCCUCCUCAUCCCUGGAGAAGUCAUACGAGUUACCUGAUGGUCAGGUGAUCACCAUCGGGAACGAGAGGUUCCGCUGCCCCGAGACGCUCUUCCAGCCUUCAUUCAUCGGUAUGGAGUCUGCUGGAAUUCAUGAGACGACCUACAACAGCAUCAUGAAGUGUGACAUCGAUAUCCGUAAAGACCUUUACGCUAACAACGUCCUCUCUGGUGGAACAACAAUGUACCCUGGUAUUGCUGAUCGAAUGCAGAAGGAAAUCACUGCUCUGGCUCCCAGCACCAUGAAGAUCAAGAUCAUUGCUCCUCCUGAGCGUAAAUAUUCAGUGUGGAUUGGAGGAUCGAUCUUGGCCUCGCUCUCCACCUUCCAGCAGAUGUGGAUCAGUAAACAGGAAUAUGAUGAAGCUGGACCUUCUAUUGUGCACAGGAAGUGCUUCUAAAUUCCUGUAAUGUGCUUCUCCAGCAUCUCCUCCUGCAUCUCCUCCAUGACCAGCGAAUUCCAUUAGAGGAAGUACCGAGUGAAGGUUUUGUGGUUUGAUGAAUAUUCUGUUUGAAAUAAUGAAUGCAGCAGCUUCUGAUCUCCAACCCAAAAUGGAUCAAAACGUUUCUCAUCAUAUAAUUCUGCUCAAAUCAUUUUCACGGAAUGUUUCUGUACAGUUUGUUUACACCAAAGUGUGAUUUGUUUUUGUCCAUUAAUGUCUCCGGAUAUUUAUUGCUUUAUAAAUAAUAAUAAAACAAAGUUACCAGGA